AUGGACACAUAUCGACCCGAAGGCUGUCAUAGACAGGCGUCAACGGAUGGAAAGUUACCUUGCUACCAGGAGCUCGGGCUCUACGACCAGACCGAGUUGAAGUUCCUUGAAGUCAACGCCGAGAGGAAGCAGUCUCCUCACAUUGACUUAAUCCCAAUGGCCGUAUACACACGUCUCUCGUUUCUCUUCGUGCACCGUGUCAUGGUCCCCACCGUGGUGAAACACUACCAAGAUGAAAUCAAGUGCCUCAUGGGUGUUCUCGAGUCUGCUAUGAGCAAGCAGGAAUCGCUCGUAGAAGGAAAGUUCGAUAUCGUGGACAUCGUGAGCUUACAUUCUCCCGUCACUACCUUUAUCCAGAGGAUUGAUGAGGCCACUCGAGGCAUGUUCGGAUGGAAUGGAAUAGCCGCAUGUCAUUACCUCCCAGAAGGAUCGUACGACAGUGCGAAGGAAGCGUCACAUGCUGGAGCGACCUGCCGUCAGGAAAGUAUGGGAAGAAGGGAGACGUCGGGUACAAGAAUCUGGAUUUUGCAAGUAGUUGCUGCUGCUCACCAGAGAAUAGCGGAUACGGCCACUCAGCAGGAGUAG